UGCCGCUCUGGAUCUUCUUAGAAGUCAGAGGGGUUAUGUGUAGCUUGCAGCAGCGCGCGCGCGUGUCAAAGCGGAGAGAGAUCGUGUUCGUGGUGAAAGUUGUUUUAGCUCGGUGUAAGGAGUAUCUUCUGUUUUGUGCCGGGGUUGGAUGAUUUCGUCUCCGAGCGAACGAAGAGUAGCUGAUUAGGGAGUCGUGUUCUCCAGAGCAUCGAUUCCUGUUCUCUCUCGAGCAUUCUACUUGUCUUGUGAAUACUGUGGCUCCCUUGAGGAGCGCGCGUGGGGGAACGUCCCCUCCUUUUUUCUUUUUUCUUUGCGUUAAUUGAUUACCAGACAAUGGUUUGGUUGUUGUGUCGUGCUUUUGAACUCGACCUGAGUGAGUCCUGAUGCAUCUGUUGUCGAUUAGUUUGUACUUCACUGUGGUAUUCCUCGACCUUUUUGUCACGAAGUCCUGUUCUUGAGAAGUAUCUUGGAUUGAAUCCUUCAUAGGUUGUCUUGGAGAGUAAUUCUUCCCCCUUGUUCUUGCCAGAUUAGAAAGGCAUCUGUCGAUGUCUGCUAUUCAUUCUACAGGAACGAGGAUAUGACUUGACUAUUGUUUCCCACUUCCUUGGAAUGGGCGUUGAAGUGCUCAGAUUCUUGCUUCUUGUCUAACUUCUUGAUGUCCUUGCCAUUGGCAACAAACAUUUUCACAGGAACCCACGGUUUUGCACCCUGUUUGCCUAGAGGUUGCGUAAUUAUGUAGUGUGAGCCCCUGAGCGGGAGCGUAGGUCUUUCCAGAGCAGUACAAUCUUGAGAAACGCUGAUUCUCACGGGUCAUCGUGAAGACCACAUUUUCUCCUCUUGUGUCUCCAGGCGGUUUGUAAUCCUGCAAGCCGUACAGGAUAACUUCGCGUAAGCGUGGAUCCUUUUCCGGUUGUUAGUUCUGUCUUGCCGAAUCCCAGACUUCGAAGUUGCUUCUCAAGAAUUAAGCUAUGGAGAUUGCUGCGUUUGAGGAGCUGGCGGUAGUCGACAAUCAAAUAAUUGUGGGCGAUAACCCUGAUUCUUGGUUAUGGCGAGAAGACGCAUUCAAGUUGGACUCCGAAUCAUAUAUAGAAGUCGCCAAGUCCUUCUGGGAUGAUUUGACUCAAAAUGACGAAGAGCUAUUUGCCUCAACUCCCCCAAUUGUGAAUGAAAGGGAGUCAAGUCCCUCGCACAUCGCUGACUGUAGCCAAGAGGGUGACAGUAUUGGUCCUAGCGAUUAUGCUGCUGAGAACUGCGGACGAAUUAAGAGGCGCCGAAUGCUGCAUUUCUCUGUAACUGGUGAUGAGUGUGUGCCUGCUUCCUCACCAGCGUUCGAUUCCGGUUCUACCAACGACUCACCUUUCAUGAGCUGUGUGGGUUCUUUAGGUUCCGGGACUGAUGAGUUUCUGAACCCGGCCCCCUCGUCGCCGAACAGUAUAUGGUUCUCCAAAGAUGAUACAUCAGCUGAUAAUUCAAUUCCAGAAGAAACUGGCCAAGUUUUUGAUGAUAAAUGCUCAGAGAACACAGAGACCCACUGUUCAUCUGAUAAGCCGAAACCUAAAGUGCGAAGCGCCAAGCAUGGUGAGGCACCAGGAGCAUCCAUAGUCUCAUCACCCUCAUCUGAGGGCGAGGUUUUGCAAGGGCCUUUGACGCCGUUUUCCAAGGGUUCUACUCCUGGGUGGAGACCCAGCCCACUUACGAGGUUUCGAGUCAAAGCUACGCCCGUUGCAUACCCAUUUAAUUUGGUAAAACCAUACAGUGCCCAUGGGGACGUGACGUUGAACGACAUAAAUCAGCGAAUUAAGAGUCCAUCUCCAAGGCCUACGCGUCGUCAAUCUGCAAGGGACAUCCAAAAGUCUCCGGCCCAUUCCGGAUCGGGACUCUCGGGCAAAGCUGUGGUAGAGUGCAUCAAGCUUCACACUGAGGGCAAGGGUUCCAUCACUAUCAUGAAAACUCGAGGAUGAUGCGGACGGAGAGUAAUCGUUAGCCCCUACACUCAUUAUAGAAGCCUUGAGAACCAUUUUUACUGGUUCUCAUUCGAUUCUGACGAGGAAGGCCUGUGUAAAUCUACUCCUCCUCCUAGAACGAUAAAUGUCAUACAUACAACGAGGAUGCGUGACCAAUCAAGCCAGAGCCUGAUGUCUCGCAAUUAGCUGGGUGGACUGAGUUGAGUGUAAAAUUUUCAGCAUCGGAUAGAGUAGAAAACAGUACCUCUCAGCCUGCCCUAAUGCUUCCCAACUGCUUAGUGUAACAUAUGGCAAGCCGUAGACCAACUGCUAAUGUUGGGGCUUAGAAACAUUUGUACAAUGUCAUCCCAGAGGUGCGUGACAUGGCUCUGAAGUUUUUUUUUCUUUCUUACUGUAUGCACAAUUUGCGGUAAUUUGAAUUACAAUUCUCUGAAGGAUUCUCAA